AUGGUUGAGAUUGUCCGGCCCUUGAAUCUCUGCAAAUCCGCGGUUGCCACAUCCCCGGCAGGAAGAGAAAGAGGAGGCCGAAGAUAUUUGGGUUUCACAAGUUUGCAUUACCCGGGUACCCAAAGAUUCAGUACUAUGGUGAGUUCUCUGGGUAGCAGAUGGCCUGUGAGAAGGCUAGAAUUUGCAGCAGAGGUGAUUGUGGAGGCAUUGAAGGAGAAGAAAGCUGCCAAGUUUGGUUGUGGUGGGAUGACUCGACAAGAUGUGAGAGAUGCAGCUCGGAUGCGUAUUGGAGAUACUGGGUUGCUGGAUUAUGUGCUGAAGUCAAUGAACAAUGUGAUUGUUGGACGCUACAUUGUUCGCCGUGCAGUAAAUCCAGCGACUCGAAUUUUGGAAUAUACAAUUCAUGAACUUGCUGAUAGUUUCAGGACCAAAGAAUCAGAAUCAGAAGUAGUUCAAGAGCGAAUUCGAGGUCCUGCUUUGGUGCCAGGAAUUGAUGUGUAUAGCGAUGUUGCUGUGCUAUAUACAAAUCUUUUGCUGAAUUAUCCAGAAUCAGAAACAGUGGAAAUUUCAGUUCAAACAGUUCUGGACAGCAAGCACUUUGUGAAAGAUUGGCCCUUCAGAGACGAUAAGGAACAAUCAUUGAUAGUGUUUUGCCAAGUGAGGCCAAGCUUGGUUGAUUUAGAGCCUACAAGCGCUAAGGAAUUACUGCCACGUGAAUUGGUUGUGGUUCCAUAUUAUGUCACACUGUUAGACUUAAAGAAAGAUAUUGCAAAUGCACUAAGGGACACCUACUGUGGUAUGGAUAGAUUUGUGGUGACAGAUAUAGAAAAUCUGGAAGAGAUGGAGGACAUGCAGAUGCUUUCAGGGAAAGUUGAAUCUGGUGCUCAACUUGUCGUGAGAGGAAGUGGGAUAGAUUUGGGUUCCAAGUUUAGGUAUCAAGGUGGUACUGAGAAUUGGAUGGUGAAGUGCGAAUGUGGAGUCCAAGACGAUGAUGGUGAGAGGAUGGUGGCUUGUGACAUUUGCGAGAUUUGGCAACACACACGCUGCUGUGGAAUUGAGGAUUCACUUCUUCCACCACUGUUUAUCUGCUCAAGCUGCUGCGAUUGUCUUGCAACAGAAAGAACUGAACCUCUCAUUGAGCUUGGGAGUUCUAAAGAUCUGAUAAUGGAACCUCUGACAGUAUAUGGAUAUGGGGCAGAGCUCCUACCGACACAGUGA